AUGGGUCGACCGUUGCAGAUACGAACUGCACUUUCAUAUGUAUUCGACUGGCUUGUCAUCAUCGCAUUUGCAGCAGGUGGAGGGGUGUUGAGCAACAUCAGAGGAUUCCGACGACCAUUCUCGCUCGCAGAUCGGUCGAUCGCUUACCCGAGACGCGAUGACAUUGUGACUCUGGAAGUGGCAGGCCUGGUAGUCUUCGUUGGUCCAGCAGCGAUCAUUCUAGUGCUGGCUCUCGUCACACCCGCUGCACGUCAAGUGGGCCAGAAACGACUCUAUUCCUCGUGGGUAGAUAAGAUCUGGGAUGCCAAUGCUGGCUGGAUGGGACUCGCACUCGCAUCGGCGGCUACCCUCUUCUUGACUUCAGGGCUCAAGUGCCUUGUCGGAAAGCCGAGGCCGAACUUUCUCGCCAUUUGUGAUGCUGAUGUCGAUCGACUAUCGGAGUUUGUCGUUGGAGGGUCUGGAAGUCGCAUUGAGUCCGAUGCGCCCGCACUGGUCACAUAUGAGAUCUGCCGGCAAAGCGAUCUCGAUUUACUCAACGACGCAUUCUUUGCAUUUCCCUCAGGCCACUCAUCGAUGUCUUGGGCUGGUCUGCUGUACCUGUCGCUAUGGCUAAGCAUGAGGUUCUCCGUGGCUAUACCAUACUUGGGACACCAUAUGCCAUUGGUCAGGAAAUCAACAGAAGGAGCUGAUCUCGUCAGCUUCUACCAUGCGAGAAAAGCGGCGCCGCCGUUGUGGAUGGUGGCAAUCGUAUUAGUGCCGAUUGGGGUAGCGCUUUUCAUCUGUGCGAGUCGGUAUGCGGAUUUCCACCAUGCCGGCAUUGACAUCUUCGCAGGCAGCGUCAUCGGAAUCGUUUGCGGCUAUUCGAGCUUCAGGCUCUAUCACCUACCAAUACGGCGAGGGCAUGGACUAGCUUGGGCACCUAGGCAGAAGAGCACGCUUUCACGGGAGACUUGCCGUGGCAUGACGGCUUGA